AUGCCCUUUUAUGGACUCUAUAUACCCGGAAAGGAAGCUGAUAUUCCACAUGUGUAUUGUAACAAGAGCGAAGCGCUGGAUGUGCUGAAACUGCACAAGGAGGCACGUUUACGUGAAUUCAAUAAUGAAAAUGAUGCGAAUAAAUUUGCCAACACUGGGCAUGAAGUGGUGGCGCCACCGCGGCACGCCGAUGGCAAAUCAUCCAUUGCAAUGGAAAAGGCGGCAUUUCGUGGGCCUACCAAACAGGAACUUAUUGAAUUUCGAAAAAUUAUCGAGUCCGGCGAUUAUGAACGUGUGAAAACCAUGAUUUGGGAUAAUCCACGUUAUUUGGUGAGCGCUGGUGAUACACCCACCACACUAAAGGAGGGAUAUCGUUAUAAUGCUAUGCACAUUUGUGCAAUAUCCGGCAAACCGCGUAUUGCUGAGUUGAUUUUGAAAACAGUAAGCGAUACAAAAUUUGUGGACUUGCUUACGGGAAAAAAGAACGACGAAAAAAUGUGCAAGGAAUUGUGUGUGAAUUUAUUGGACUACUAUCUGAAUAUACCGGAAAAGGGGCGCAGUGAGACGCCACUACAUUUCGCAGCGAAGACCGGUGCAUUUGAAAUGGUGGAGCUGUUGACUACUUUCCCGGAGUGCAAAAUGACUCCCAAUUCGGAGGGCUUAUACCCCAAAGAUAUCAUAUGUUCACGAGUUCCAAGUGCUACGCCAGAAUUAAAAAAGAAGAUUGAAGUAUUGCUCGAGGAACGUUUUUACGUGCCCGUUUUACGCUCCGUGGACAAUGCGGUACCGCCGAAAAUUGGACAACCGUUUUCUGCCAGCAAUCCACCGAAUCUCAACUGUGAUCCACUGAGCCCUGAGGUUAAAAUAGAAGCUUUAGCCGGUCCAAUGAAUAAGGACCAGGCCAACCAAUUCUGCCGUCGUUGGAAAACGCCACCACGUCUAGGUAGCAGCGCUGGCUUGUCGCCGGUUACUUAUAAUUUGUUUAUUUCGCCCGUUAAAACGCGUUGCGUUAAUGGCACCCCUUCUAAGACAUCACUCGCUAACAUCAGUAACGGCAGUCCUACGAUCAGCACACCACUCGCAAAAGCCAAUCGCCGCGCCUUGUUCAAUUCCACUCCACGUCGUGCGAGUUGUGAGGUAGUCAACGAAAAUGGCGUCGCCAAUGACACAUCUUCGAUAGCUGAUAAACAGAAUGGCAAUCAUAAGAAUCAUGAGGAAAGUGUCGAAACUAAAAAUACUAAAUCGAAUUCCACAACAACAACAACAAUCGAACACGAAAAGAACAAUAAUAGCCGUGAACAAUUAACCUCGCAGAGCACGGACAUCAAUAUUUUAAAGAAUUUAACAUCGCAAAAUACACCAGUGUUACAAAUGAAACGUGAACUAUUCUUCACCUAUCGCGAUCCUAAUCCUAGUACACCAGUCGAGCGCAAAGCGCCCGAAAUUAUUCAACCCGCUAAUACCUCUGUGCUCGACGAGCUGGAUAUUAGCGCCAUUGACGAAAAUAAUGAAAACCAGCCGUUGGACCAGCCGCAGCAGCAGCAAGCAAUCAAAUUGAAAGGCAGCAUGCUAAAGACAGCGCUGUGCCGCAAGAUGCCGCAAAUGAAGGAUAAUUUCAACACUUAUCGUGAUAAUAGUACGGCCUCCACACCAGACUCGGACUGUUGUAAUGAUUCGAUGCGCAGUUUGUUGUUGAACGAUCCCGACCAUUACGACAGUCCGGGUUUCAAAGAGCGCCACAUCAAAAUCACAGAUACCGAAAAGGGCUUGGAAUUGAUUGGACGCGAAUUGGCAAAGGAGCAGAAUGUCGAAUGGCGCGAGUAUUGGGACUUCUUGAAUUCCUUCAUCAAUAUCGCUUCUGAGGACGGCUUGAACAAACUCGAAAACUACUUCGGCCAGCGACUCAAAGAUGAGGAGAUGACAAAGAAAACGGCGCAAGCAAUGGCGAAAUCGGCUGUAAUUUUAGACAGCGUUUGCAAUGCCCUCGAUAAGUUGCAUUUUCCGGAAAAUGGCAGUUUACAUGAUUUUCGUAAUGGUUUCAAUAAUGAUCGAACGCGCCACGCCAACAUGACUGGCACCGGUGAGGUCGCCACAACGGCGCCACAGUCCACAACCCCUUACACAUGUGUUGAGAAAUCGGUGCAAGUGUUCGCCAAACGCAUGACGAAGACCAUUAUACACAACAUGGAUAACAUGGUGUCCAUCAAUGACACACUUCUGUCUGAAUUGAAAAGACUGAAAUCGUUAAUAUGUAGUUUUAAGGAGGACACACGAUUCCUAAAUGUCAAUUUUUCCAAAGUACAUUCGAGAAUUGGCAAUUUAAUUUCAAUUUAUUUGGCGAACUCACAAGAGGUAACGCCAGCAAUGAAAGUAAAACUUCAGGGUAUUAUCAAACACAUGCUUGCGCCCGGUGAGCGGCGUGAACACAUCGAAUGUGUUUGUUGGCGAAUACUUAACAUGUUGGAGUCUCCAACUGCUCAAAUACUGCCCGAACAACUUAAAACCGAGGAGAUGUGUUCGCACGAGUGGGAGAAGGAGCGUGAAUGCGAGUGCCAAUGGGAGACUAAUCUCAGUCGCAAAACAAGUCGACGAAAUCGUAUGGAGGCGCGUUAUCGCAGUCAUCAACAAGCUAGGCAACAUCAUCAGCAACAACAACAACAAGAUACACAGAAAUCGCAACGAACUAAUGCAGAUAAUGGCAUUGAAUGGCGUGAUCCUUUGCCAUGCACUGACGCAGAGACCGUCUCACUUAAUGCCAAUAAUGCCAAAGAACAGUGGCGCGAUCCCGUUGAUUACAAUGAAGGCGGCGAGCGGUGGCGCGAUGUUAAUAUACGCGACGAGUCGCCAGACAACGAUGUUUUUUGGUCCGAUUUUGGUGACACUGAUUCCGACAAUGAAGAGGAAGUGUGGGCCACGCCACCCGAAAGCCCAUCUCACUGGAGUCUAUUGGAUGAACCUGUGGUGGAGGCAUUCAAAAUAUUUAUUUAUGGAAAUGAACCGACGAAACGGGAUGUCGACGUACUGAAUGCCAUCAUGCAUAUCGAUAUCGAUACCUCAAAAUAUGCCAAUAUUCACUCGUGGAAAACGGCUAUGCUACGCUUCCCGAAAGAGGAAAUGGAUGCUUUUCCAUCGCUAUCCAUUGUAAAGAAGUCGCACUUGUUUACGUCAACGCGUACACCGACCCGCAAGGAAUUUCCACUAACGCCGUUCGCACAACGGCAGUCCAUAUCGAAAGGUGUUACCAGCACACCGCUCACAGCCAAGUUGACGGGAAGAUCGGCAUUUCCAACACAACCACAACAGCAUACAACAGCAAUCAUCAAUCAACAGCGUGCACUGCCAACAACAGCGAAGCGGUUCUUUGCGCGUCAAACGCUCGCCAACCUCCUGGCACCAUUCCACGCCAACAACACACACUAACAACUGCUGUUCCAGACGGCCUCUGGAGUUUGUUUUCCAAUGACACAUUCAAAACUCAUUAAUUUCGUUUUACACUCGCUCAGUGCGUUCGUUUUGGCUAACCAC